AUGGCUUCGAGCGCCUUAUCCACGGCGGGCAAAACCGCUAUCGUCACAGGAUCUGGUCGUGAAACCAGCAUCGGUGCAGCUAUUGCAUUCGCCGUCGCCCGUGAAGGUGCUUCUGACGCAGUUCACCAUGUGUCCGAAUCCGGUGCUCCCCGCGCCAAGAGAGUGGCGAUUGAGGUUGAGAGGCUUGGUGGAAAGGCCAUCGUGGUUCAAGGCAACAUCACUGAUGUCGAGAGUGUGAACAAGAUUAUUCAAGACACUUUGACUGCAUUUGACACCAAAACCAUCGACAUCUUAGUCAACAAUGCCGGAGGCCCUACCCACGCGCGUAACUCUACCCUCACUGAAAUGGACUCUGCUGAUAUACUCGAGACAUUCACGCUGAAUUACUUGGGUCCAACCCUCAUGAUCCAAGCGGCAGUGCCCCAUAUGCCGCAUGGGGGGAGAAUCAUCAACAUUGGCGCCAUGGCUUCGCUGAUAUACGUCCCCUUCCAACCCACCUAUGGCGCUAGCAAAGCGGCAUUAGACCACUCCACACAAUAUCUUGCUGCAGAGGUGGGUCUUUAA